AUGAAUUCAACAGCCUCAUCACAGACGAACCAGUCAACAGCCGAUCUCACACAACAAACCUUUGAGAACGAAGGAUUCUCGACUACAGCGGAAAAAGGAGGUGGUUUUUUAGACAAUACUUUUAAAAUGACUGGAUAUCGUAAAAGACGUUUAUCAAAAUUACCGGCUCCAGUUAUAAUUCCUCCCCCUUCUCCUAUUAUAACUGCCCCUUCACCCGUCAGUCCUACUAAGAGUGAUUCCUUCAUAGACUUACCUUCUCCAAAAACUCCUCAGAGCCCAACAAAAAGAUUUGUUCUUAAACCUAUAACCGCGUUAACCGCUGCUUUUCAACGAACCACAUUAACAGGUCGUCGAUCGAAUUCGUCAACUUCAUUUUUGAAAUUCCCAAAAUCUCAAUCCAACAACAAUCCAAAAUCACCUAAACCUGCUUCCUCUCCUCAAUCGCCAAAACCACCAAAAUCUCCAAAAUUAUUGCAUCGAAAAGGAAGUAGUGGAUCGAUCCGUAAACGUUCGGAAAGUCCUACAAGUCCCGCCGUUGCUACCGCCGCUUCUUUCCUUUCUCCUAAUGUGACUCAAUCCCCGUCGAACGCUUCCAAGUCUUCCUUCCUUUUUGGAAAAUCUUUCUCUUUAUCCGUCAAUACUUCCAUUCAAUCAUCGGCUUCUAAAUCCCCGUCAAAACUUGGAAAGUUGAACCUUAAAUUACAAAAAUCCCCUUCACCUUGUAGGAAAGCCCUACCAAUGGUCCCUUCAGAACUCGCUGAAAGGUUGCGCGAAUCAUCCUCCCGUAGCGCAAAGGUUGAAGAUGAAUGCGUUCGAUACUAUUACGAUGAGAAUGAUUGUUCCAUUAUAAGACCAACUAUAACUAGGUCUCCCAAGCCUAUCCUGAUUGACGUUCGCAACUUACCUCUGUAUCAAGAUGAUCACAUUCGUGACUCUUUCAAUGUGAAUUUACCUACGCUUUUGAUCAAACGAUAUCGUCGUGGAAACAUGAGUAACUUCUCCCUGGAUUCCUUUAUCACGACACCCGAAGGUCGUGAUAAGUACUUGGACACGAUAAAUGAAGACGGUGGUAAAUUUCAUCACGACGUGAUAAUUUAUGAUGAGACAAUGGAUGAAAAGGACAAGGUCAGUCCGGGGUGGACCUUAUUAAGCGUCUUGGAAAGGUCAAUGUUGAAUUAUCACUCCUCUUCGUCAUCUGAUAGUAUUGAUGAAAAAAUCGAGAUUCCGAGAGGAAGGGUAUAUUGGCUUCGAGGAGGGUUUGAGGCCUUUCGUUCAUGGGAUCAAAGAGGUGAAUUCACCGUAACGGGAUCAGAUGUUGGAUCUUCCGAUAAUGAUGAUGGCAAUUCAAUGGAAUUCGAUCAAGAUCAGCAACAAGGGACGAAUUUGGUUCGUAGGGAUUCAUUGUUUUCUGUGAAUACUGAGCGAAAUUCUCUCAGGCGCAAAAAAAGUGGUAGGCAACCAAAGCCGGAACAAAUUUCACCACCAAGUUCAGAUACCAUCGUUGAAACAAAUAAUAUCGAGCCUGUUGAAGUCUCACGAGAACGUCGUCCCUCAAACGGAUUACAAUAUCUAUUCACACCAUCUAGCGGUGAAUCUUUAUCGCUCUAUCCGACUUGUUCAUAUGGUGUACAUGAUUACCCUAAUGGCAACCAAUUUGAUCCUGUCUCACCAAUCACCCCACCUCCCUUAACGCAUCCUGAAGCCGCAUUUGUGGUGUCUACUAUAAUACCUGGAUUUUUAUAUCUCGGUCCUGAAAUCACGAAAGAAGAGGAAGUGGAUGAGCUCAAAACUAAAGGUGUAAGGAGGAUUUUGAAUAUGGCUUUUGAAUGCGAUGACUGUUUAAGAUUGAAAGAAAAGUUCGAUCGUUAUCUAAAGUUAAAUGUUAAAGAUUCGGUUGAGGAGGAUGUUGAAAACGGUUUAAACGUUGCCGUUGAUUUUAUAGAGCGUGCUCAAAAUGAUAACGCACCAAUUUAUGUUCAUUGUAAAGCUGGAAAGUCGCGAUCUGUAACAGCGGUUCUGGCUUAUUUGAUCAAAUCACGUAAUUGGACAUUGAAACAUGCAUAUGAUUAUGUUAUGGAUCGCCGAAGCGGGAUUUGUCCUAAUAUUGGAUUCGUUGCAGAACUAAUGAGAGUCGAGGAAGUUGUACUUGGCAUUAAAAGAAACUGUGGUGCGGUCACCGAAUUUGAUCUUCGACGGAAAGAAGACAUGAUGGAUAUGGAAGGCGUUGAGCCAUUAGGCAAAGCGCCUAAAACCGCAUAUUUUUGA